AUGUUCAACAAGUCGCGUAAAGUACGACGAGGGCAACUUGGAGAAUCCGACAAUUGGUGUGGUGGGAUCGUUGGUGGGAUCGGGCAUUCGAGUACUGGUUUACAGCGGAGAUCAAGAUGCUGCAAUCCCAUUCAUAGGUACAAGAACCUGGUGAAUCGUCUGUCGAAAAAGUUGGGAUUGAACACUACUCUGCCUUACAAGCCCUGGUUCGAUGAUGAAAAACAGGUUGGUGGAUGGACACAAGUCUACGGGGAGAACAACAAACUUGCAUAUGAAACCAUUAGAGGAGCCUCUCACAUGGCCCCACUCUCCUCGCCCAAGAGAUCGCUCACUUUAUUUGCUGCAUUUCUUGCUGGGAAGCCAUUGGCAGCUUGA